GAAUUCAAAAAUAAGCUCCUGCUUUGAGGCCACUGGGGAGCAACAUCCAAGGGGUUGGGGAGCAACAUGUUACUCACGAGCUACUGGUUGGGGAUCACUGACCUAAGGUAUUCACCCCAAGGUCCGACCAAAGACUCAUUGGGCCUAGCUUUGCCAACAAGGGGUAAUUGUGGUUGUUCCAUAGUGGGAUUAUGAAACAUUUCAACCCAAAAUCUUCUCCUGUGUUAAAUUUGAUAAAAAUAUCGGUAAAAAAAAAAGCCCCCAGAGUAUCACAAUUUUUAUUUCCUAUUACAUUUAUUUGUUACUUUUCAAAUUAAAAAUAAGAGGUUCCAGGUCAGGGCUGCACCAAUCACCAAGCAAUGCUCCCUCCCCUCAUUUGCUAUGGAGUGGCAUUCCAGCCUAUUGUUAUGCAGGGGUGUGGCCUAUACAGGAGCCUGCAGGUAUAUAAACCCAGGUCAGAGUGGUCAUUGUCACUAAAAACUUGGCAUAUCCCAUGUGUGUGUCUUGGGGCCUCUUCAUUCGGCAACAUGAAGGAAAAAGCUGCAGAAACAAUGGAGAUUCCUGAAGGGAUCCCCAAAGAUCUAGAGCCAAAACACCCCACCCUUUGGAGGAUAAUUUAUUAUUCUUUUGGUGUGGUGCUAUUAGCUACCAUUACAGCAGCCUAUGUGGCAGAGUUCCAGGUCCUCAAACAUGAAGCCAUUCUCUUCUCCCUUGGGCUUUAUGGUCUUGCAAUGCUUCUCCACCUGAUGAUGCAGAGCCUCUUUGCCUUCCUGGAGAUACGCAGGGUAAAUAAGAGUGAGCUUCCUUGCAGCUUUAAGAAGACAGUGGCUCUGACCAUUGCUGGGUAUCAGGAGAACCCUGAGUACCUGAUAAAGUGCUUGGAAUCCUGCAAGUAUGUGAAAUACCCCAAAGAUAAACUCAAGAUCAUUUUGGUCAUCGAUGGGAACACAGAGGAUGAUGCCUACAUGAUGGAGAUGUUCAAAGACGUGUUCCACGGUGAAGAUGUAGGCACCUACGUAUGGAAGGGAAAUUACCACACUGUUAAAAAGCCUGAGGAGACCAAUAAGGGAUCCUGUCCUGAGGUUUCUAAGCCCUUGAAUGAAGAUGAAGGUAUCAAUAUGGUGGAAGAGCUUGUUAGAAACAAGAGAUGUGUGUGCAUCAUGCAACAGUGGGGCGGAAAAAGAGAGGUCAUGUACACAGCAUUCCAGGCCAUUGGGACUUCUGUGGACUAUGUACAGGUCUGUGACUCGGACACCAAACUGGAUGAACUGGCAACAGUGGAAAUGGUGAAGGUUCUGGAGUCCAAUGACAUGUACGGCGCAGUGGGAGGAGACGUUCGCAUUCUGAACCCUUAUGAUUCCUUCAUUAGUUUCAUGAGCAGCCUGCGUUACUGGAUGGCGUUUAACGUGGAGAGGGCCUGCCAGUCUUACUUCGACUGCGUGUCCUGUAUAAGUGGACCUCUGGGAAUGUACCGGAACAACAUUCUCCAGGUGUUUUUGGAAGCCUGGUACAGACAGAAAUUUUUGGGAACCUAUUGUACUUUGGGAGAUGAUAGACAUCUGACAAACCGAGUGCUCAGCAUGGGAUAUCGCACCAAAUACACCCACAAAUCCAGAGCAUUCUCCGAAACUCCAUCCCUGUAUCUCCGGUGGUUGAACCAGCAAACCCGGUGGACCAAGUCCUACUUCCGAGAGUGGCUGUAUAAUGCCCAGUGGUGGCACAAGCAUCACAUCUGGAUGACCUAUGAGUCUGUGGUGUCCUUCAUCUUUCCCUUCUUCAUCACUGCCACUGUUAUCCGCCUCAUCUAUGCCGGCACCAUAUGGAAUGUUGUGUGGCUCCUCCUGUGCAUCCAGAUCAUGUCUCUCUUCAAAUCCAUCUAUGCCUGCUGGCUCCGCGGCAACUUCAUUAUGCUCCUGAUGUCUCUCUACUCCAUGCUGUACAUGACUGGGCUUCUGCCAUCCAAGUACUUUGCCUUGUUGACCUUAAACAAGACCGGUUGGGGAACAUCUGGGCGCAAGAAGAUAGUAGGCAACUACAUGCCAAUACUGCCCCUGUCCAUAUGGGCAGCUGUUCUGUGUGGAGGGGUGGGUUAUAGUAUCUAUAUGGACUGUCAAAAUGACUGGAGCACCCCUGAAAAGCAAAAGGAGAUGUACCAUCUAUUGUAUGGGUGUGUGGGCUAUGUAAUGUAUUGGGUAAUCAUGGCUGUGAUGUACUGGGUCUGGGUGAAGAGGUGCUGCAGGAAGAGGUCCCAAACUGUCACCCUGGUCCAUGACAUUCCUGAUAUGUGUGUUUAAAGGAAUACUGCUAUCACACGAUCUAUAGUCCCUUUCUAUUAUUGCAACCUAUGUGUAUUUUACUGUCAAUAGGUGUCAUCAUCAUCUAUGGCUACCUGCUCCAUAACAAAACCAUGAAAUCUAUAGCCAGCAACAAGAAGCGGCGACUAUUAUUUUCAUUCUCAUAUUGAGAGACGGUUUUUGUCUCCUGGUUUUUAUCCAGUCUCCAAUAUAUCACAAAAAAGGUUUUCAAGUUAUUAAUAAUGAAAUUGCUAUUAAAAGCAGCUUCUGUCCUUUGCGAUAUCUUUCUCCGUUUGACAGAAACAAUGUAGCAAUAAUGAGACCCUUAAUACUCCAGUUCCCACAAUGCCUUGUUCACUUGGUAACCCCCUUCUUCUCAGGUAUGUUAAUCACCAAACAUGCAAGGUAUCAUGGGAAUUAGGUCCUUGCUUGAGGAGGUUGGACUGCUAAUACAAUGUAGCAAUUGCAUUUACAUUUAACUUUAAUAUCACUGACAAAAUUCUAUGUAUAUUGGGGAAAAUUGCCUUUAAGACAGUUUAUAUUGCUCAAGUGUUUUUAUUUACAUUUUUUAUUCCUACAAAUAUAUCAUAAAUCUCUCCCUAAUCCCCUGUUGCUGUGAUGUUAAUAAAGUUAUGUUUCCUUGUACUGUAA